AUGCGUCGACCUUCAAGUCAAGCAGCUCUAAGUCGUCGACGGGCCCGGAGAAAGGACAGAAAAGAAACGACAAAAAAUGAAAAUGAAAAAGAGGAUGCUUUCCCAAUAUACACGGAAAAAAAAUACCUCAAAGAAACUCAGCAUCCACACCCAUUUUUUGAUUCUUCACCUUCUUAUAAUCUGCUGAACAACCAAUAUAUUAGAAUUUAAAAGGUACUAUCUGUAACUUCAAACUGAUUCCUUUCUAUCUGAACCGGUAAAAUUGCAGAAGAAAGAGCUCAAAACCAUGGCCAGUGGAGGAAGGCCUAGGCUCGGAUACGUCAUAGAAAUGGAUGAGAAGCUGAUCGAGAAGGCUUGCGAUUCUGCCACCAAAGCUCAUAUGUCUCCAGUGAAGCCAUUUAUUCAUGAGAAAUUCUCUGUUUCAUCAAGUCGUACAGUCAUUUUCAGCUUUCCUGCAGGAUCUUGGUCUGUGGACGAUUGGGUUGCUAGAAACCCAGUUGGAGAAACAGAGGUCAAAGCCAAGCUUUUUGGUUCUGUGAUCAGAUCUAUAGGCAACGAUGAAAUUGCCAUGGUUAAUGAACCUUUUCUGCGGAGAUUUGAGGUCCAGAUCUUGGGGACUUCGGAUUUCCAAAAUAAGGUGGAAGAGGCUAUCAGAAAGAAGAAGCAAAUAGUGUUUACAGGACACUCAGUGGGUGGUGCAAUGGCCAUCCUUGCAACGCUUUGGUUCCUGCAAGAAUACUCCAAACCUGGAAAAUCACCUCUUUGUCUGACUUUUGGAUGUCCUCUAAUUGGAAACCACAUAUUUUCCCAUGCUCUUAGGAGAGAGAACUGGGCUUCGUGUUUCAAACAUUUUGUCAUGAGAUAUGACAUUGUCCCUCGGAUAAUGCUUGCUCCCCUAUCAGCCAUUGACCAAAAAAUUUCACCCAUUCUGCAAUUCUUUGGAAGAAAUCCUGCACAACAACCCCCUUCAGCUUCGGACUUUUUUAAAACUGUAAUGGAAAAUGCAUCAACCCUGGCAAGCUACACUGCCUGCAGUCUCAUGGCGAACACAAAUAUGCUAUCGGAAACUUUAACAAGCUUCAUUGAGUUAAGCCCCUACAGACCUUUUGGAACCUACAUCUUCUGCAAUGAGAAUGGAAAACUGGUGGUCUUGAGCAACCCAGAUGCUGUUCUGCAACUACUGUUUUACUCCUCUCAAUUGAGCAGUGAAACUGAGGUGGAAGAGAUUGCCCGUAAAAGUCUUCAGCAACAUUUCCUGUACUCAAAAGAAUUGCAAGCUUUGGAUAGGAAAGAUGUAUAUGAUGCGAACCAAUUGGACACCAUCCCUCUGUCCGCAGAGGGAGUAGUCGGUAACAGUGCAGCACUUAACUCAGCCUUGAAUGACCUUGGCUUGAGUACCAGAGCUAGACUUUGUCUUCGUUCUGCGGGAGAGUUAGAGAAGCGAAAGCAGAGAAAUAAAGCUGAUAUUGAAGCCAAGAAGCGUGACAUGGAGGAACCAAUGAAGAUGCUAGAAGACUACAGAGAAAAGAAUGUGAUUCCCAGAGUAGGCUGGUACGAUGCCUUCAAGCUUCAAGAAACAGAACAAGACUUCAUUGCUAAUGUGAAGAGACUUGAGCUAGCAGGUAUAUGGGAUGAAAUCAUGGAGAAGUUGAAAAGAUAUGAACUCCCAGAUGAAUUCGAGGGCGAAAAGGAAUGGGUAGAGCUCGGAACUAGAUACCGCCGCCUUGUAGAGCCUCUAGAUAUUGCUAACUACUAUCGACACUCGAAGAAUGAAGACGCGGGAGCCUAUAUGGAAAGGGGCAGGCCAAAACGUUACAGAUACACACAAAGAUGGCGCGAGCAUAAUCUGAAGAUGGCUCCUGGAGCCAGCGGAGAAUCACAUUUCUGGGCAGAAGUAGAGGAGCUCCGCGGUAAAACUAGUAGCACAGGAGAGUUUGAACGUGAAAGUGCUAAAAUUCAGAAGCUAGCAGAAGAUGUUCGGAAAUGGGUCGAGGAAAAAGAUUUGUGGGGGGAUGUGUUCUUGGAGAAAUCCACCCUGGUGAAGUGGUGGAAAGCGCUUCCUGAAGACCGUAGGAGGAAAUUUUGCCUUUCGGAAUUCAUAAAAUGAUAAAGCAACGGAGAUUUUUGCUGUUCACCACUGCUUCCAUAUGUUUGAUUCUUUGAAUACGAAAUAUGCUAUGAUUGCCUCUUCGUUUUUUUUUCUUUUUUUUUUUUUUUUUUUUUUUUUUUUUUUUUUUUUUUAACCUUUUUGGCGAGAGGAUGAUGAUGUGUACUGUAUCUCUAUAACUUGAGCUAAACGAACUUCAAGACUAAAGGCAGCUAUUCGGUUUUGUCAUUUUUGUAUGGACAUGAAAUCUGAAAAAUAAAGGAAGCAAUUCUUAA